UAAAUCGGGCAUUGUCAUCUUUGCAUUGAGAGUCACUUGAAUUUACACUUACAGAGCCUUUCAAUACCCUUUUAUAUCUAAAUUCUGAGUUUAAAUAAUGAUUUGAAAUUUGUGAUUUGAUAGGACAACUUUUAAUUUGAAAAAAACUACUACCAACUUUGCAAACAGAUAAAAAGUUUAUUUUAUUUUUGUAAAAUUAUCAUUUUCACUUUUUUUGGAAGUUUUGCCAAAUAAGUAUUAAAAGUUCAAAUUCCGAUUAACUUGAAGAGAAUAUUGAACCCUGAAAAUGUGUCUGAAAUUCCCCCUUGGUUUCUUUGCAUGCUCUAGUGUUCCGCCUUGAAGCAGUCAACAAACAAGUUAUUAUUCCUAUUUAGGGGGAACAACUUAACAACUUUUUCUGAUUAAGAAUUUAUGAAGUAUCCAUCAUUCGUUGUUUUAAAAUGUUUUAAAAUGUUUAAAAUGUUUUAAAAUGUUUUAAAAUGUCUUGCUCAUUUCUGAUAAAAAAAUUGGGAUAAAAUGUCCUAAUUAAACGCUUUGCAUGUUAGAAAAACGACAAUAUCUUGCACAUUAUUGAUCAGAUAAAGAUUGGAUUGUCGUGAACCCCUUUCUAAAUGAAAUGUCACCAGACAUCACAUUUUUAAUUAUUUUCUUACAUAAUUCCCUAAUCAAUUAUUAAUUGUGUAAUCAUUUAACAAUAAUAAAAUUAAUGUUUUUUUGAAAAUAUAACAUUAGUACUUGUAGAAAAGUUUAAUACAGAAAAUAAGAAAUUGAUCUGUGAUGUUUUGCUUUAUUGAGUCUAACUUCAGAUAGUAAGAAAUAAGGCUUUGCAAUUUCUGUUUCGUGUAAUUCACUACAGGAAAUUUCCUUUGUGCAUAUUCAAACCAAAUUCAUUUUAAAUAAUGAUUUCAAGAGAUAGUGUAUUUUGGCAGGAAAUUGAACAAUUUUUAUUUUAUAUUUACACUCAGUACAAGUGUAACAAAAAUUAGGUGCUUUAACAUUGCGAAAUCAGACAGCUAUGUCGAAAAAACCUAAAGGACCAAGUGUUGAAGACACAUUAAGCAAAUUCGAGGAAAAAUUUAGGAUUUACCAAGAAGAACAGGAGAAACUGUGGACAGACUUGAAGGAAAACCAGAGUAAUGCCCUCAGAGAAUUGCAAGCAGAAACAGAAAAAAGACUACAAGAACUGAAGGAUGCACAGAAUACCCAGGUUGAAGAGAGUAAAGAGAGUCAGGCCAAGACACAAGAGGAAUGGGAAAUUAAAUGGCAAGACAUGCAGACACAGGUGCAAGAGCAAAUGGGAACUUUCCAAGAAAACAAGAAUAAAGUAGAAGAACUACAGACUUCUGUACAAUCCUUAGAAAGUGCUGCAGAAGAUUCCAGGAAGAUGUUGGAUGAAGGAUUAGAGGCUCUUCAGGAGAAGAUACAAGGUAUCAAAGUGGAAGAAUGUUCUGCUCUAACAGAUCAGAUUAAAGAACUACAGGAGAAACUGGACCAAACUCAAUCCUUACUGGAGGAAAAACUAGAGGCCCAAAUCCAGGACACAUCAGAAAAAUUUAGUCAAGUUACCCGACAGCAAGAAGAAUCUGAUCAUAGAACAGAUCAAUACUUUUCAGAAUUCAAGGAUGAGUUGGAAAGUCUGAACAGUAAGAUUGACGAAGUUUUGGAUAAUGUUGGGAUGACAAUUCAAGAUAAACUCAAGGAAACUAACUCAGCAUUCCAACAGACAAUGACAGCUGAAGCCCAAAAUGCACAAUCCUACAGAGCGGAACUAGAUUUUGACAUUAACGGAAUAAAAGAAAAGGUUGAAAUAUUGGAUCAAGGAAUCAAUGAACUGCAGGAAAAACUUUACGAGUUUGAACAAAAUAAAAAGAACAACCUCAUCUUUUAUGGAAUAACAAACGAUUCCAGGGAAACUCCUGAGAUAUUACUGACCAAAAUUCAAAAUACUUUACGAAUAACCCUGGGUAUACGAAGAGAUAUCCCAGUAACCAAGGUGUCCAGAAUGUAUACAGGACCAGAAGUUUCUGGUUCCAGGCCAGUCUUAGUAACUUUUGAACAGUUCAAGGACCGUGAGGAGGUGUUCAGGAAAGGAAACAUGUUGAAAGGAUCUAGUAUUCAUUUAGGGGAGGACUUGAGUAAAAGGACGAGAGAAAGCAGGACAGAGCUUCGGAAAUAUAUGAGAAAGGUGAAACGAGGUGACCCCUCUGCUGCCUGCUUUAUUCAGCAUGAUAAGCUGUAUGUAAACAAUAGAAUCUUUGUCUGGAAUGAUCUACAAGGAAAAGUUGUACAGCAGUCUCAGCUAGAAGAUCCUCUAGCAAUGAGUAUAGCAUCAAUGAUUAUGAGUAGACCUGGCUCUGUUAUGGAUGACAGACCUGGGUCAGCUCUAUCUAUCAUCUCUCCAACUAAAACUCCUGUUAGAUCCCGAGGAAAUCUAAACAAAUCUAUUUCCUUGAACGGACUCAACACAAUGAACGGUGGAAACCAUAUCAACGGAGACUAUCAUGGGGACAGGAUAAGAGAGCUGGAAGAAAUGCUUCACAAUCAACAAGAAGAAUUUCAGGAUAAAAUGAAGGAUUUUGAAACAAUAAUAAGAAAACAAGAUGCUAUCAUAACAAAGCUUCAAGGAGAGGAUGAGACGUGAUUUCUUCUCAAUAUAUCAAAGACAAGAGUAGAGGUUAAUUCUCUUCUGUUUAAUUAUUCUCUAUGAUAAUUAUAAUAAUAUCAAAAUCAAAUAUAUGAUACUAGGCUUAUAGUGCGCUUCGCGCCCAUCUUUUGCUUCAAUUGUGAACAUUUUCUCGUGUAUUUAUUUAUUGUAUAACAACAACAAAAAGUUCGCAGAUUUAAUCUGGAUUUUCAAAAGUUGAUGAAAAUCGACUUUUGAUUUGAGGCUAAUUUUAGAAAUUUUGAUCAUCCAUAAACCUUCCCUGGGUUCAUGAGGGUUCAUAAGAGGUCCCACACAAAAUUUUGGUCCGAUUUGUUUAACCGUUUUCAGGUUUAUUUGAUACAAACACCCAGACAAGGAAAGUAUAUAUAUAUAUAGAUAUGAUGUUCGUAAAUAGCAUAAUCUAAAACAAUUUAGAUUAAAAAAUUAAAUAUUUGUUUGACAUGAAAUAAACAGAUUCCGUUAUUCUUAUCUUCAAUAACAAAGUAAUAAAAAUAAUAAAAAUAUUGUUUCAAGUACAAACUAAUAAAAUUCAGAAA